GCCUCUCUUCCCGGCGCAAUGGGAGGCAGGCCCCGAGACUGAGAGAGAAUGUGAGCAGGAGCCACGUUGUUCACCGGCUGAGCUGAGGAACCGAGAAACUUUUCGAGUUCUGUGGCCGUAGUUAGAAUCGCUUAAUGCUCCUCGGACCAGGCCGCCCCGUAAAACUCCUUCGGCUGGGUGGGACACCGUAGAGAAUGUUGCCUCUCGGUUGCAAAAGCUUAGCUGAACAUGAGAUUGAAGUCUGUUGCCAGCAGUUGUUGUUUCGUUUAUACCAAGUGGAAAUAUUAGACGAGAGUGAACUCAAAGACCAGCUCAUUGGGAGCAUGAAAGACAAAAACCUGGCACUUGUCAAAUACCUAAAUGACCGCGGAAUCCUCCUCUUCCUCACCUCGUCUGCCUUGGCAAAAGAGAAAGACGCCGAAGCGAACGAUUUGGGCUCUCUUCAAGCCUUGUUUCUGUUUCCAUCCCCAGGGCCCAGGCAUUUAACAGCCACAGAUUGGAAGGGCGAAGAGGGGAAAAGCGAGUCCCCUCAGGAGCUCCCCCUGAUCCUUCCCCUCCUUCGCCGGGCAUUGGCAGGAGCCGCCAAUAAUCCGAAUCCCAAACAAUCCCCUUCUAGCGCUUUGGUCAAACUGCACAUACAGGAAUUUGCAGAUCUCGAUCCGUGCUCGGCGCUGAACUGCGAUAACACAGCCGGCCCACCUUUGACUUGCAAACUUUCAUCCGAGACCCCUAAGGGGGCCCCCGUAGACGAUACGUGCUCCCCGUCCUCGUUUUCCAACUUGGCGUUUUAUCUAUCGGACCCCGGGAGUUACACACUGGAGAUGGCCUGUUUGAAGGGCCGCUCUCAGUUGUCCGACGGUUGCGCCGGUUUGUCCGGACCGGACAAAGCUGCUGGAACGGGCAAGGGUCCCUUCGAGGGACACGGGCCGAGACGAGACGCCGCGUCGAAAAGCAGCCCGUCCGGAGAGCGAUCGUUGCAGUGGACGAAAAGGAAAUCCAGCCGUAUCCUCGGGGCCAGUUCGAAGAAGAAAUGGUCGCCUCUGAAGAUGUACUGCAUCUUGGAGAGCAGCAAGAAGAAGACGAAGGAGAAAAGGAAGAAAAAGAAGAAGAAGAAGAAAAAACUGCCCAAGGAAGUGAUGGUGCUGAACAUCCCCUUGGUUAAAGACCCCGGAUCCCCAGCAGAUCCUAAGCGGCCGACCCUCAAAUUAAAAAAUAUUCUGAAUCCGCUGAGAAGGAAGAGAGGUGAGUGUCGCUUCAAAUAAGUCUCCAGGUG